UAUUGCUUCUCUCUUUGCUCCGCUACCGUUUUCCCUUUCCCGGUGACCGCCGCCGUCGCGGCGCCACCCCCUCACCCAUGGCGAGCUUGCCGGAGGCACCCGUACCACCGGAGAGCGCACGCAUGGGUUCACCCCCGCCAUCCCAUUCCCCUUCUCCUCCUCCUCUCCAAGGAGACCCCUCCCUACCAACCGACGCUCCUCCACCGGAGCCAUCCCCCCAACCCCACCAUGCCACCCCGAUCCCGCCGCCGUCUCCAGGUCAGGCCACCGAGGGGUGGCCCAGGGCGGAAGAACCGCAACCUCCGAUCGGUGGGACCCCCGGUGCGGCGGGCCCGCCGGCGCCGCCUUCGUUCUUCCCCUCGCUGGAGCUGGGUACCUCGGCGGCGCCACCUGCGCUCGAAGCCGCGGCGGCGGGGGCGGGGCAGCCCGGCUCCCCUUCGCCGUGUCCUCCCGCUGAGCCGGCGGCCGAGUUCUACCCCGGGUCGGCGGCGUCAUCCCCUUCUUCCUCCUCGUACGAAACCGCGGAGGAUGACUCGCCGGCGUCGCCGCCGCCCACUCCUCCGCCACUGGUCUUAUGCGCCUCGCCGGAUUCAUCCUACACCGAGUCCUCCCCUACGCGCGAUCGCUUCGGCGACGAGGAGGGCUCGCACGCCGCGCCCGAGCCGCCGCCGCCGCCGACGCCAUUGGAGGGCGGGCCAGAUGCAUCCUCCGCCGAGCCCGCGGCAAUGGCGUCCCGUGCGCGCGAACCCAUGGGCUCGCGCACCGCACCUGAACCGCCGACGCCGCCAUUGGAGAGCGGGCAGGAGGGGUUUCAGCAGCAGCAGCCGCAUCCACCGCCUACAACUCAUCCGGAGUGUGAUAGCUCGGAGCCUGCGGAGCUGCCGCUUCCUCCCACUAGUCCGGCUGAAAUCGCAUACACAUCGCCAGAUUCAGUCGAGGUCGAUGUAGUAGCGGUGUCGCCAGAGGAAGCUCCUGGUUCAACGGUUGCAAUGGAGGUAAUGUACGGGGAGACUGAUACCUCAGCUGUCAGUGUGUCUCCGGUAUUGGGGAGUGCGGAGACAGAUGCAGCCGAGAUCGAUGUAAUAGCAGGGAUGCAAGAAGAAGCUCCUGGUUCAACGGUUGCAAUGGAGGUUAUGUACAGGGAGAAUGAUACCGCAGCAGUCAGCGUGUCUCCGGUAUUGGAGAGUAGGGAACCAGAUGUGGCCGAGGGCGAUGUAGUAUCAGGUGUGCAAGAAGCUCAUGGUUCAAAGUUUUCCAUGGAAGUAAUGUACAGGGAAACUGAUGCCGCAGCAGUCAGUGUGUCUCCUGUAUUGGAGAGUGGGGAACCAGAUAAAGCCGAGAACGAUGCAGUAGAAGAGAUGCAAGAAGAAGCUCAUGGUUCAAGGUUUGCCAUGGAGGCAACGUACGGGGAGCCUGAUGCCUCAGCAGUUAGUGUGUCUCCAGUAUUGGAGAGUGUGGAGCCAGAUGUAACUGAGAUUGAUGUAGUAUCAGAGAUACAAGAAGAAGCUCCUGAUUCAACGCUUGCCAUGGAGGUAACGUCUGGAGAGACUGAUACCGCAGCAGUUAGCGCGUUUCCGGUAUUGGAUGGUGGGGAUCCAGAUGCAGCUGAGAAAAAUGUAGUAGCAGGGAUGCAAGAAGAAGAAGCACCUGAUUCAACGCUUGCCAUAGAGGUAACGUCUGGGGAGACUGAUACGGCAGCAGUUAGUGUGUCUCCGGUAUUGGAGGGUGUGGAUCCAGAUGCAGCCGAGAUAGAUGUAGUAGCAGGGAUGCAAGAAGAAGCUCCUGGUUCAACGCUUGCCAUGGAAGUAACGUACAGGGAGACUGAUGCCACAGCAGCCAGUGUGUCUCCAGUAUUGGACAGUGGGGAUCCAGAUGCAGCUGAGGUUGAUGUAGUAGUAGGGAUGCAAGAACAAGCUGCUGGUUCAGCGCUUGCCAUGUUGGUAACUUACGGGGAGACUGAUACCUCAGCAGUCAGUGUAUCUCCAGUACUGGAGAGUGGGGAGCCAGAUGCAGCCCAGAUUGAUGUAGUAGCAGGGAUGCAAGAAGAAGCUCCUGGUUCAAUGUUGGCCAUGGAGGUAACGUACAGGGAGGUUGAUGCUGCAACAGUCAGUGUGUCUCCGGUAUUGGAGAGUGUGGAGCCAGAUGCAGCCAAGAUCGAUGUAGUAGCAAGGAUGCAAGAAGAAGCUCCUGGUUCAAAGCUUGCCAUGGAGGUAAUGUACGGGGAGACUGGUACCGCAGCAGUCAGUGUGCCUCUGGUAUUGGAGAGUAGGGAAGAGGGGUCACUUCAAGAAUCAAUGCAGAGACCAUCUUCUCCCACAAUGAACAUUGAGCAAGAGUCAAUGCAGAGACCAUUUUCUCCCACAAUUGGCACUGAGACAAGUUCGCCAGAGAUGGCUCCUGCUGGAUCUGAGAACUGUAAAGUAUCAUGGUUGCCGUUGCCCCCUCCUACACCACUUGGCGAAUCAAUGCCCUCCUUGCCAGUCGCAGCUGCCCCCAAGGUUUUAUUGGUGAUGCCGGAGGAAGCGGUUGAGUCAGUCCCUUCAUCGGAAGCUCUGGAUGUUGAAAAACCUGCCUCCAUCACACAGGCUGAGCCCAGCUCACCUAAUACGCCACCGCCAGGAUUUGAGAAUUUUAAGUCGUCAUGGUUGCCGCUACCCACGACUCCUCCCCCAGUUGAAACCACUGAUGUCUUGCCAGAUGUGGUGGUUACCAAGGCAGUGGAAGCACCCAUUGAGGAAGUGUCUAGGCCAUUGCCAGCUUUGGAGGUGACAAACAUGGAGUCAGACACUGUCCUCAGUAUCUUGCCCACAACAGUCUUGCCAACAGAAGGGACUGAGGGACUACUGCAACAACCACUAUUGAGACCCCCUUCUCCAGUGGUGCAAUCUGAACCAUGUUUGCAAAAUGAGAUGGCACCUCCAGGGUUCGAGAAUUUUAAGUCAUCAUCUGAACCAUGUUCAGCAGAGGAGAUAGCACCUCCAGGGUCCGAUAAUUUCAAAUCAUCAUCUGAACCAUGUUUACCAGAGGAGAUGGCACCUCCAGGGUUUGAAAAUUUUAAGUCAUCAUCUGAACCAUGUUCACAAGAGGAGAUGGCACCUCCAGGGUUUGAGAAUUUUAAGUCAUCAUGGCCACCACUUCCCACUCUGCCCCAAACUGUACCAGAUGCAGCCGCAGCGGAUGCUUUGGCAGCAACAGUGGAAGAAGCAGCUGGGCCACCACCUGCAUUGGAGUUGGAGGCAAUGGAUGUGGACAUGGAUGCCAUACAUCCACCACCGCUGCCUUUUGACAGUGGAGUGGAGUCAUUGCAAAAGCCACUGCCAAGAGCACCUUCUCCCAUAAUGCAAGAAGCGCCCUGUUCACCAGAUAGGGCACCGCCAGGGUUUGAAACCUAUAAGUCAUCACAGUUACUGCUACCAUCUCCAUCUCUGGCACAAACCACAAAUGUGCGACAAGAUCAAUCGGUAACUGAACCUGUGUCUGUGAUAGAGGAAGCCCCUCAGCUACUGCACUCAGUGGAGGUAAUGGGUGUACAUAUGGAUGCAGUACCUCCAUUGCUACCAUCAUCUGAAAGUGGAGCAGAUGGGCUAUCUCCGCAGCAAUUCGCGCAACCUCCUCCUGCAGAAAAGGAUACAACAACCUGUUUGCCAGAUAUGGUGCAUUCAGGAUGUGACAAUUCAGAGCCCUCUCAGCUUCUGUCACUGCCUGCUGUUAUUUCUCCAGUUCAGACCCCAGAUGGCUUGGCUGAUGUUCCUGCCAUUGACAGGGUUGCAGUGGCAUUGGAAGAAUCGCCUCAGCGACCGCUUGUAUCAGGGGAAAUGGAAGCUGGCACAGUGCCCAUUCGGUCAUCACCACUGAAGAAUAUUUCUGAGGGGUCACUGCCACAACUAGAAUCAGAGUCACAUUCUCCUACAUCACAGGCUGCAGAUAGCUUACUAGAUGCAUCUGACUCAAAGUCUGUGGCUGUGGCCUCAGAGGAGAUGUCUCAGCUACCACUUGCAUCGCAGGCAACUACUACAGACCUUGUCAGUACAACUGCAAUGCAGCCACAAUCUGAGGGUAUAGUGGAUGAGUCAUUGCAGCCUCAGCAUCCACCCUCUUCUACCGCACAUGAUUCACCUUGUUUACAGGACUCUGUGCCAUUGGUGCCACCACCACCUUCCCCUUACCUAAAUAAAGAAGUAGGUCAAAUGGUAUGUGGAAGCUGCCGUAUUCUUCUUGCUUAUUUUAGAGGUGCUGGUUAUGUUCACUGUACUUGUUGCCAGACAAUGAACUAUGUAUUGGAAGCUCAUGAAGUUGGUAAGGUGCAUUGUGGACACUGUGCGACAUUAUUGAUGUAUCCUUUUGGUGCGCCUGCUGUUAAGUGCUCGUUGUGCCUCUUUGUCACUGAAAUUGGAGAGCGGAAUGUUCGCCGUCGGUUAUCAAUCGAGCAACCCACAAGAACUAACUCAUCAGGGCUAGCUGAAGCCUGAUCAGUUCUGGUCCCAUGUACCCAUCGGAUUCCAAGAAAGCUUCAAAUGCUAAUGUGGAUGAAAGGAACAGAAUGUUCGCCCUUCGUCAUGAGGUGUGGGCAUGAAAGUUCAAGAUGGUAUGGACAAGCCAAAGUGUACAAAGAUAGCGUUUUUUUUUUCAUUGAUGUAGACAGGAAAGGUGACCUUGUUAGUACGACUAGAUCUCCUUUGAAAGGGAAAAUAAAAGAAAAAUAGUUCGAUUCAAUCUGGAGGUGAUAUGCGUAUGUCAUAUGAAUGAUAACAGAGUAGUUUUCAGAUGGUUCUUUCGCGGUGACCAUCAUGUUGCC